AUGGACUGCUUGAGAGAAAUAGAAGGAAAACAAGCUCAUGAUCCCAUAUUCGUUGAGAAGAUGAAUAAGUCGUCGUUGUCGUCGUCGUCGCGUUGCUUAUGCGUUCCAGGGCCACUUAUCGUUGGUGCAGGGCCUUCGGGUCUAGCCACAGCCGCUUGCCUGAAAGAGAAAGGUGUUCAGAGUGUAGUCCUAGAGAGAUCUAACUGUAUAGCGUCUUUAUGGCAACUCAAGACCUAUAAUCGUCUACGCCUUCACUUGCCAAAGCAGUUUUGCGAACUCCCUCUGAUGGGGUUCCCCAGUGAUUUCCCUACUUACCCUACUAAGCAACAAUUCGUGGACUACUUGGAAGCAUACGCUAAGAAGUUCGAUAUUUGGCCCCGGUUCAAUGAGACUGUUGCACAAGCUGAGUAUGAUGCCACACUCGGGUUUUGGCGUGUGAGAAGUGUUGGGUUAAACGGGAAGGAGAUGGAAUACGUGUGCCGCUGGCUGGUGGUGGCGACAGGAGAGAAUGCGGAGGCGCUGGUGCCGGAGAUCCAAGGAAUUGGAGAAUUUGGUGGGGACCUAAGGCAUACAAGUUUGUAUAAAAGUGGAGAGGACUUCAGAGGGAAAAGGGUUUUGGUGGUGGGGUGUGGGAAUUCAGGAAUGGAGGUGUGCUUGGAUCUUUGCAAUCACAAUGCUAGGCCUUCACUUGUGGUCAGAGAUAGAGUGCACGUCCUCCCACGAGAGAUGCUGGGAAGAUCAACUUUCGGGUUGUCCAUGUGGCUGCUCAAGUGGCUGCCCAUGCGGCUUGUCGACCGCUUCUUGCUGAUAGUGGCCUGGUUGAUGCUCGGCGAUACUGCUCGCUUUGGAUUGGACCGGCCAUCGUUGGGUCCCCUUGAGCUCAAGAAUCUGUCUGGAAAGACCCCCGUCUUGGAUGUUGGCACGCUUGCCAAAAUCAAAAGUGGAGACAUUAAGGUAUGUCCAAGCAUCAAGAGCCUAAAACGUCAUGCUGUGGAGUUUGUCAAUGGCAAAACUGAGAACUUUGAUGCAAUCAUCUUAGCAACCGGUUAUAAAAGCAACGUACCAUCUUGGCUAAAGGAAAGAGAGAUGUUCUCAAAGAAAGAUGGGUACCCUCGAAGGCCAUUCCCUAAUGGGUGGAAAGGUGAAUGUGGGCUAUACGCCGUGGGGUUCACUAAGCGUGGAUUGCUAGGCACAUCAAUGGAUGCCAAGAGGAUAGCAGAAGACAUUGAACGGUGUUGGAAAGAGGAGGCAAAACAUCGUUUGGCCUUCACUCGUUCUCUUAAUUUGCAGCAAUCAUCACCAUGAUUCUUUGUUUCUUCUCUUUUUUGGGGUUUUAAAUUAAGAUCUCAGAGAUACACAGAGUUUUGGUUGAAGAAACUAUAUAUACUACACAUGUGCCGCUGUGGGUUUUGAUUGAUAUAUGUAUUUCCACAGGCACAUCAAAAAAAUCGACGUUGCCUCCUCCAACUGAAUAGGAGUAGAGAAAAGUUAAGGAAAAAGAGUUAAAAAAAAAGGUCUCAAAGAAGGGAGAGAGUUUUCUCAGUGAACCCUUAUCAGGUAUCUUCAUUUGCAAGAUUACACCAGAGCCAUCUGCCGGGCCUUGCAUGGGAAGGAGGAAGAAAGAAGUUAAAUUUCAAAAGUUAAAAAGAAAAUGGUUGUUGUUGUUUGGGUUGUGGGGGGGCGCAAACUAUCUGUACAUCUUGUACAUAACUAUUUUUCUCUAAUUAGGAAUGACUUUUUUUCUUUUAGUGAGAGAGGAAAAGAGAUUCAGAACAAGGUUCUAGGGUGUUUGGUAUUUGUUUUGCUAAGCGACAUGAUUGUGUUUUUAACCUAUAUUUUCCAUGGGAGAUUGAGAGUUACAAGUUAUAACAAUCUGAUCUGAUGCCUACCUUAGCUUCAGCCUUUCGUUUAGGCUUAUUUUAGUUUUGGAGGGGUGUGUUUCGGGGUGACCUGAGAGUUUAGAAUUUGAGAUAUUGAAGAAAUGACUUUAUGAUAUAAAUGAAACCUUCACUUGCGUAUUGAAGUGA